UUUAUUGAUCCGAUGAUGGUAGUAAUUUUAUGAGAAUAUUAUAAAAGCCCUUUGCUGGAGGUUAGUUGCUGUUUUGUGGAGGAAUUUAUGUGGUAUUUUGCUUUUGGUUUUUUUAUAACCACUGAAUUUCGAAAUAAGUCCACAACUGACAAGACGAGGGGAAACUAGAAACUUGAACAUUCGAUAAGGAAAUCUGAGUAUUUAAAAAAUGGGAUCACUUUUGAGGCGCAGUUUGCAUUUAGCAGUGAGCAAGAUAUUAAGAGUACACAAGCCACUGGCAUUGAAGAGGCUCCAACAAACACACGCUGCAUUGAGCUCCAUCAAUGAGACACAACAGCCACCAAGUAACAAUGUAAUCCCAAUAUUCAGAAACGCCAUACGAUUUGGAGAUAAAACUGCAUUGAGAGAUCUGCAGGGAGACUACACCUACCGCGGCCUAUUCCUGAGCUCCAGACAAUUCUCCAAUGAAUUGUCUGAUAUUUUGAAUGGAAAACAACAGGAGAGAGUUGCUUUUCUUCUCCCUAAUGAUGCGAGAUAUAUUAUUGUACAGUGGGCAUGCUGGAUGAGUGGUCAAAUUGCUGUACCAUUGAACGCUUCAAGUCCACCAUCAGUCCUGAAUUAUUAUCUCAAAGAUUCUAAUGCUAAAGUUAUAAUAACGACGUCGGAGCAUGCACCAAUGUUGGAAUGUUUGGUAAAAGGGAGUGAUUGUCGUUUGAUGGUUUUCGAUGAUGCCCUGAGGGUAUUGGCAAUGAAACCCGAUGGAAAGACAGCCAACAACAAGAGCUACGAAAAAUACGAAUAUGACUUUGGUGAUUCUGAGGAGACACCCCUCAAAGAUGAAUUUUACAAUGACUCAAAUGCCAUGUUUGUUUACACAUCUGGAACAACAGGAGUACCAAAAGGAGUGGUGAUGAGCCAUAGAAAUCUACAGUCACAGAUGAACGCGUUGAUUACGGCGUGGAAAUGGUCGGAAAAGGACAUUAUUCUUCACACUCUGCCUCUCAAUCACGUGCAUGGUAUCGUUAACGUACUCAUGUGUCCAUUGUACGUCGGUGCAAGGUGUGUUAUGUUACCGAAAUUCGAGACGUCCAAUGUGUGGACUCACUUGCUGGGUAUCAAUCUGCAGAAUUCCGAGAGGUGCAACAUGUUCAUGGCUGUACCCACGAUCUAUAUGAAAUUAAUUCAGGAGUAUGAACAACUCUUCAGCAAAAAUACCAAAAUGAAAGAGUAUGUGCACACGGUGUGCAGUACAAAAAUCAGGUUAAUGGUCAGUGGAUCUGCACCACUUCCAAAGCCCAUCUUCGACAGAUGGGAAGAAAUUACGGGACACCGUUUGUUGGAAAGGUAUGGCAUGACCGAGACUGGUAUGGUCCUCUCCAAUCCACUCGAAGGUCAACGUAUUCCAGGGACCGUUGGGACACCAUUGCCAGGCGUUCAUGUGAGAAUAACCAAGCAAGAAGGUGGCAAUAUACCAGAGGUGUUGGCUGAGGGAUCCUGGGCUGGUACCAAGGUCAUUAACAAUCGUAAGGGCCCAAUUGUGGGAGAUUUGCAAGUCAAGGGGGAAAGUGUGUUUCGGGAGUACUGGAAAAAACCAGAGGCCACCGGCAAGGAAUUCACGAAGGAUGAAUGGUUCAAAACUGGAGACACUGCACAGUAUGAUAAAGGUGUAUACAGUAUCUUGGGUCGUAGCUCUGUAGAUAUAAUAAAAACUGGUGGCUACAAGGUCAGUGCCCUGCAAGUGGAAACGGCAAUUCUCGGUCAUCCCGAUAUUAUUGACUGCGCAGUUGUCGGACUGCCAGACAUCACGUGGGGAGAAAAAGUGGCAGCGGUUGUGGUAGCACGUGAAGGAGCCGAAAUAAUUCUAUCCCAACUUCGUGAAUUUGGUAAGAAAUCACUACCCGAGUAUGCCGUUCCCACGGUGCUGAAGGUAGUCGACAGGAUUCCAAAGAACAGCAUGGGCAAGGUGAACAAGCCCGAUCUCCUCACGGCAGUUUUCCCGAAAAAUCAAAUGUAAAAAAAACCCUUCUCAACUCUCAAUUUAUUUGUUUUCAUACGAGUGCAAUGAUCUUACUGAAGAAUGGAGAAUUACUUAUGGACAAGUAUGAUUAUUUAUUGUUUCUUAGAUCUUGUGGAAAGAUACCAAUGCAAAUUUUAUAUGGAAAGCUCUGAGAUGUGAUUUUUUUUUCUUUAUUUUUGGUGAAUUUCAAACUUCGUUAUUAGGAUAAGUGCGAAUUCACACUUUUUUCAUCCGUUUUCACAUAGCGACGUAAGUUGAUAUUAUGUUUCCAAAAUGACGGACAUGUAAGACAAACGAUUAAAUAAUAAUUUUUUUUGUCACCGAA